AUGGCUAUAAAUCUCACAUGUCUCGAUACGUAUCCAUCCUUACCAUCGGUACCAAUACUUGCCAAUAAUUCGAAUGCAUCUAUUCAUCCAAGUAGUUAUAAUCCUGGUACUGGUGGUCUUGCACAAAUCAUAUCAACUUCAAUAAUCAAUUCAGCAUUUUCUAUCGAUGAUGUUCGAACAACAUUAAAAACCAUAUUUGAUACAGAUAGUCAAUCAUGGAGUAAUAUUUCUGAAAUCACUAAAAUUAAACCAAUCCCUUCAAUCAUCAUUUAUACAAGUAUCAUUCUUGGUUUAAUCUUCAGUCUUUCAUUGAAUUUUUGUAUUUUUUCAUGUCUCAAAUCCAAGAAACAGAGAGGAAGAAAACGAGAACAAUCGAAAACUACACAAAUCUGUACAUGUCUUGUCAUUAUCCUUUAUUUAGUUGCAUUAGGUGAUAUGAUUUAUGUCGCUUAUCGAGUAAAUAAAUCCAAUGGAUCUAUUGAUACUACAAUCAAACAAGUUAAUCGAGAUAUUUAUCCAAAAGAAAUACGUGAACAUUUCAUUUAUUUACGACAACAAAUUGUAAAUUUAGAUCAAUAUUGUAUACAACAUGAUUCAAUUCUAAUCAAUGCGUCGAAAUCAAUAUUAGUUGAAACAUUUGAUAAAAUUUUAAAAGAAAAAUAUUUUAUACGAAAUAUUACUGACUCACUAAAUAAUAUUCAUACAAAUAUUAAAGAUUUAGAUAUUAUUGUAGCAGAUUAUACAAGUAUAUCACCAUCUGCUAAAGAAAUAUAUGAAAAUGCUAAAAAAGAAUAUAAUAAUAUGAUUAAUUCUUUACAAAUACCAUUAGAAGAAAUUUGUAAUUAUGCAAGCCAAUCACAAACAGAUAUUGAUAUCAUAUUAUUAAAUGCAUUAAAUCUUGUUCAUGAUUAUUUAAGAAAAGUUAUUACUACAAUUGAUUACGAUAUUCUUGAGAAAAUCUUACCAUCGGAUAACCCGUUGUUUAUGAAUAUAGAAUUUGAAGAAGAAAUUCGAGGAUAUAUUAGUUCAAUUGGAACAGUUUUCCUUAUAUUGAUCAUAUUUGUUGUUCUUAUUCCUGUUGGUUUUCUAAUCUUCCUUAUAUUAGCUCAUUUAUGUCGAUGUGAUCGAACCGAAUCAUCAAAUAAAACUCCUCAUGAUCUUAGAAUGAGAAGAAUAUCAGAUGUUUCUUCUAUGAAUGGUAGUCAUCAACAUAAAUCACAUCAUGGUUAUUCACGACAAGAUAGUUAUUCACAGGACGAAGACUUUGAAUAUACAAAUAAGAAUUCAUCAUGUGUAGUACCUUGUUUAAUGCGUCUUGCAUAUUCUAUAAUGGUUAUUAUAUUUAUUAUUAUGGUCAUUCUCAGUGGGGUUUAUUAUGCUUUGGAUCUUAGUAUUCAAGGUGCUUGUCGAUCAGUUCAUGAUGAUCAACCAUUUUUAGUUUCAUUUGUUACUGAUAAAAUUGGUGGAACACAUACUUCGUUUUUCAAUGGUUCAGAUAUAAAUACAACAGUAUUGAAUGUUAUUGAUGAUUGUCGUGAUAAAGUUCAUUUUACGAUAAGAAUGAUCGAUAAUUAUUGGUCUACUUUAGAUCGUUAUAUAAACGAUAUGAUGAAUGAAUUAAAUAAAGAAAUUUUUGAAGAAUUUAUUAAAUCAACUGGAGAAAUAAAUAUUCCUAAUGAAAUUACAUUACUUACUCAAUUUAUUAAUGAAGCUAAUAUACCAAAUAUUACAAUUAAAGUCAAUCAGAUUAAUGGAAAUUUAAGUACGAUUGAAACGGUCUUAAAAAAUAUUAGUGUAGCAGAACCAACAUUACCACAAACUCUUGUUAAUUCAACUAUUAAGAAGUUUAAUGAUUAUGUAAAAAACGUAUUUGAAUUAACCUUGGAUAGCUGUCCUUUACCGUUAUCUUUGAUUUAUAAGACGGAUACAUUAAUAUGUCAUGAAUUAGGUGGUUCAAUCAGUGGCCUAUGGUUAAGCGUAUUCUUCCUUAUGUUUUUGACCAUAGCUGGUCUUUGUGUUUUUGGUAUUAAAGUCUACAAACGAUUGAAUUAA